UUGCUAAAUAUAAGUAAAAAUGAUUGGGCGCCGCAUCACUCCACCCGUAGCAAUGGCAACCACAACGAACAUACCCUCACCCUCACCCUCGCUGCUGCUACUGCAAAGAUUUCCCAUUAUCCGUUUAAUCAGGCUCCCCAAUUCACCAAAUUCAUCUCCCUCCACAAAAUCCGUGGCCGUCAAAUGCAGCAAAGACGGCGGCCCAGGGAGUGGCGACGGGGGCAGUUUGAGGGACGCUCUGUCGGGUAUGUUGGGCGAGAGAGUGGAGGAGCUUCUCAACAGAGAAGAGAACCGUGGGCUGUUGGAUGAGCUAGAGCAAGCCUCUCAGCGAGUCGAAACGGCCAAGCAAGAGCUCGCCGAGAUUGAAAAGCAAGAAGCCGAGGCCAAGAGCAUGAGGGAUUAUAUCAGUCGCCUCGAAUCAAGAGCUUCUGUGAUUGCAGAAUGCCAGAAAGAAAUACUUGAAGCAAGAGGUAUGAUAGAGGAAGCCGAGCAAUCACUGACAAACAGAGGCACUGAUGCCUCAGAUGAGAUUCAAAGUACAAAGAUAAAUCAAGAUUUGGAGAGAGUGGAAUCUCUGAAAGCUGCUUUUGUUUCUGCUGUCUUCGGCACCCUGGCAGAAUGUCCUAUUGCAUUAUCUCGCGCUGCUAGCGAUUCCCAGAUGAUAUCUACUCUGGCAAUAACCUUCAUCAGCUGCGUGAUGUUUGGAGUAACUUUUCGCUAUGCAAUCAGGCGAGAUUUGGAUAAUUUUCAGCUAAAAUCCGGGACAUCCGCAGCUUUUGGCUUUGUGAAAGGAUUGGGUAUGCUUGGAGCUGGGCUUCCAGUGGAGAUGGAUGCAAACAGCAUUUUCUCGAUUGCUUUAGACGGUGCGGUUAGUAUUUCAGAAAAUCUUUUGGUAUUUCUAUUUGCAGGAAUUGCUCUUGAUUACUGCUUUAAGUUGAGGAUCAUAAGCCCAUUUCCAAUGGAUCUAUCGGUUACUAGUUCCAAGGACAUAACUAGGGAUAUAUCAUAGAUAACGUAUGCAUUUUGUUAAUAGAAAAUACGAGCUCUUCUAGUCAAUAUUCAUUAAUCGAAAUCUUGAGUAGAUUGAGAAGCUGCAACAGCUUUCAUCUUAUUAAACAUCUCGUAUUAUGGUUAUUUCACUUGAGAACUUUUUUUAUGUGCAUUAUAUAUGUGAAUA